GAAGAUAAACGGAGGACGAGAGAAGGAGAUGGAUUCCACAUUUUUGCGUUUUUCGUGAUCGUUUCUCUUCCGGGAUUUAUUUUUUAAGGUCGAGAGCAAUGUGUAGUGAUUACAGAACAUGAGAAAAAAGUGAUAAAGAGGCCGAGAAGAGGAAUUAAUGUGAUAAAUGGAGACAGAGAUGAGGAUGCCGAGUUAACGGCUGUUCGAACAAAAAUCUGGUUCCUUAUUUUCAUUUAUAUUCAUAAUUUAAGUGUGUAUUUUCUGCAUCUGGGGAUCUGAAAAGAAUAUCUAGGAAUAAACCUGCUAUUAUUGUCCAUUUCGAAGGUGAUGCUGAGCUAGAACAAUGGACAUUCUCACCUUCGCCGCCAAUGCUGUUUUCAGUUCCGACCAGGAUGAAGAGCUGUGCAUCCCCCUCACGCCCACGAAGGGGAGGAGGCCCGUCUUCGGAGAGCUCACCAACACCAUCAACCUUUCCCCGGAGAAGCUCAAUGACUCCUCCUCGCUCAGGGCUCUCUUCACGGCACCCACGCUCACCACGCCCAAGACGAAGGCCAAGGGAGGGGUUGCCGCGGGCGCUGCUGGCUCUAACACUCCUGGAUCGCGGAGCCUCGGACGUGGUCCCCAUGGCAAGUCUCUGUCGUCGCCGUCGCCGGGCUCCGAGGCGGCGGCGCGGACUCCGAAACGUGAGGGCGCGUCACCGCAAGUGGGGCCCGGCGGCGACAGCUGCGGACGGAGUCCCCUCACGCCCAUGAGCAACCUUAAGCUUCUGACCCGCAUAGCGUCCAUGGAGGAGUCGAUCAGCAGCAAGAAGGCGCUCUUCGGCCACGAGAAGUCGGCCUGCGGCGACGGGGCCUCUCCCACCAAAGGGACUCUUCCGGCCAAGGCGCCAGCGCUGCCCGCAGGCGGCCCCGCGUCCACGCUGCGGCGGCACAACAGCGACUGCCUCGGCCAGGCCAACACCCGGGCCAAGCUGGGCAGGAGCACAACGCUCCGCAAGCACCCGACAAGCAGCGAUUACCCGACGCCGAGCUCGCCCGGCAACCUCGUCAUGGAGAGCGUCGGCCGCAUCCCCUCCGUCGACGACUCCUGCGCCACCCGCGCCUCCGAGGGCUCAAGGAAGGACAAGUCUCUGGGACUCCUCAGCGAAAAGUUCCUGGAGCAUUUCCCGAUGGAGGUCUCGUUCCUGGAGACGCCGCGCAGGCUGGUCAUCGACGAGGUGGCGGCCAUGCUGGGCACGGAGCGGAGGCGCGUCUACGACAUCAUCAACGUUCUCGAGAGCCUCAACAUGGCGGCGCGCGUGCAGAAGAACAUGUACCAGUGGAUGGGCCAGUUGCACCUUCAGGAGACCCUGGGGAGACUCAAGGCGCUCGGACACAAGCUAGACGUCGGGGCGCAGCUGCAGGCCCUGCAGCACUUCGAUCACGACUUCAAGUUUCCGCAGCGCAUCAAAACCAGUCUCCAAGGUGAUGGAGAGAAAACAGAUACAAGGAGAGAGAAGUCGCUUGGAAUCCUGUGUCAGAAGUUUCUUAUGCUGCUUCUGGUUAGUCCUGAGCCCCACAUGAUUUCCCUGGACAACGCCGCGCGGAUGCUCGUCGGCGAGGCGGGCGAGGACGGGGAGAGACUGAGGACCCGCGGCAGACGUCUCUACGACAUCGCCAACGUCUUGGCUUCGCUCGGGCUGGUGCGGAGGGUGCCCACGGCGAAGGCCUUCCAGUACAUCGGGCCGCAGGUCGAGGCCGUUACCAGCGAGGAAGACACCUUGGGCAUCCUCCACCGCCACUCCCUGCUUCCCUCUCGCCUCGGAAGCAGCGGAGGCAAGGAGAACCUGGUGAGCUCCUACGGCGACCACGAAGUCACGCCCUCCAACAGCGUCCCUCCCGUGCAGAAGCGGGGACGACCCAGGAAGCUCUCCACGGACUUCGGACUUCCGCUGUGCCUGCAGCCAAAAGGACCAAACUCCAGAGGACAAGGAGUGAAGAUGUCUCCACUUCGAAACAGUCAAGGAAGAUCAUGCGACAUCCUUCGCUUCAUGAUAUAUGCCAGGUGGCCGAAGUGGAGCGUGAGAAACUUUUAGAGAGUGAACGGUUGCAGCGAUCACGUUCUUCUGACAGUUCUCACUCAGGCCACACUGGACCCACACCUUCAUCUUCUGAGAUAAGUGAGGAAUCCUCAUCAGACCUGGCAGGAUUCAAGCCUAUCACCUCAGUCCCUCAGUCGUCCCUCCGCACCCUUCUUCAGCGCCGUUUUACAAAUCGGACUAAGAUCCCCAUCGCCCUGACAUUCCAGACCCCACCCCAG